CUGCAUCAUUCAUCAGUAGUUUCAUCAUCACUGCGAUGAUAACUUCCGUACAGCAUGAUUCGUACACAUCAGCCUGCAAUUUCAACAGCACCAAGCAUCCAGCUCGCGUCGAAACCACAAUUAGCCGAGGCGAUAGGCAAGGAAGACGACUGGACUGGCAUUAAAGAUGCUGCAGCACGCAGACGGGCACAGACUAGACUCAGUACAAGGGCAUACCGGAAACGUAAAGCCCUGGUAAAGAAAGCGGAAACACCCAGCGCUGCAGCGGGGCCACUGGUUAGAUCAGAAGCGCUGGUAGAAUGCUGGGAUAAUGAACAGCAAACCGUCUCCCUCGUCCCAGCAUCGCGAAUCAAGCAAAUAUACAACGCGAGAAAUCCCUUACUGCCACCUAACCCGAGAAAAGAGCAGUUUAAUAUUGUCUUCCCCCUCUGUCCAGACCACCUCAUCACCCUUCUUCAAUUCAACGCCCUCCGCGCCCUGGCCGUCAACCGCACUCUCAUCUCGGGCAUCCUCGCCACGCCACUCGAUUGUGCUAAAGAAGUUAUCCAUGUCAUCCCUUACCCUAGUAAGCCUGAAAUACUCCCUCCAGCACUCCUGCCUACCUUCCUUCAACAAACAGUGCCUCACGGUGACUGGAUUGACCUGUUCCCGAUUCCAGAGGGACGAGACCGUCUGAUCCAGGCCGUCGGCACUUUUGACGAGGACGAGUUGUGGGCUGACUGUAUUGGCGGGCUGUAUGAGGGCUUUCCUGAUGAUGAGAUCAAGCAACGCGGCAUCAUCGCGUGGUCGCCACCCUGGGAUAUCAAGGGGUGGGAAAUGUCGGAAGGAUUUAUGAGGAAAUGGGGGUGGCUGUUUAGAGGGUUGCCUGGGGCGCUAGAGGCGACGAAUCGGUGGCGGAUGGAGAGAGGCGAGGAGCCAUUCAUUCAUGAUGAGUGCACAUCAUAUUCAGCUAUAUGACUUUUUAUCAUCAGCUGAGCUAUAUGUUCAAGCUGUAAGUAGUUUUAAUAUUUAAGCUUACUAUGAAUAUGAUUAAAUAGGUC